AUGAGUAUACGAAGUAUGAUUAGUUAUAUAAAUGCGAGUGGUAGAGCCUUGAUGGGGCCCAUUAAACAUUCAAGAUAUUGCGGUAAACUUAAAGUGAAAGGUUCCUUUAUAAUUUUGAGACGCUUAUCAUCGAAGGACUCCAUACCAACUGAUAAUAAAAAAAUACUAUCAAAGGAAUACAAGCUAAGAUCAUCGUUAGAAAUGUUGAUACUACAUUAUUCGAAACAAGAUAUUCCAGAUAUCACCAUGAAAACAUUAUGUGAUCAAUCCCAAAAGCUAUCAUCUUCCUAUAUUUUGGAGAAUGCUAAAAAUACUGUCGAGAGCUUAAUAGUGUUUAAUGCUAGAAGAUUAAGAGAGUUUAGAAAGCUUCCAUAUUUGGUUAUACUAAAUCCAUCAUUAUCAGAGACCUAUAGUCUUUAUUUAAAGUCCAUGGCGUUAUUGGUUUCUGCUUCCGUUUCUCCUCCCAAAUCAGUCCAGGAAAAUUCUGAAUUUAUCAGAGACGUAUUAGAACAAUUCAACGAGAUCCACACAGAUUCUUUACCUGAAAUAUCAAAGGGAUUUGCUGAAGUCACUCAAUUCUUAUCUGUGAAUAAGGUCACCACUUUUUUAGACCAGCACUUGCAAGAUAGAAUACUCAUGAGUUUGAUAGUACACCAACAUAAGGAAUUAUCUAAUUCUUUGAAUAGUCUGACAUUUGAGCAGGGUGGCAAGUUCAAUGGGGUGAUAAAAUUACUUAAUAUACCUGACGUCAUUAACAAGAACGUCGAACUUGUUAACAAUCUUUUUAUGAUGAAGUAUGAUCAAUCGAUGAAUGUUGAUAUAGAAACAGUUUUACAUGAUGAUAACAAAACAUAUUUAAGCGACCAUAAAGAUGCAACUCAUCCUUGUAUCGAGUAUCAUUUGGAUUACAUUUUUACGGAGCUACUCAAGAAUUCAUUCAGAGCACAGAUUGAAAAUAAAGUAUCGACGCCAGUUAAGAUCUUCGUUUCAAUUUCUCGAGAUCCAUCCUACAUUGAGAUCAAGAUAAGCGACCAAGGUAAAGGUAUCCCAGCUUCCACAUUGCGUCACAUAUUUGACUACUCCUUUACUACAUAUGAGACCAAUGAGGGAGAAAGUUACAAGACUCUCAAUGUUGUACCUGGGUUUGAAGGAAAUACAGUAGCUGGAAUGGGCUUUGGCUUGCCGUUACUGAGGAACUACAUCGAAGUUUUCAAUGCAUCGGCUCCAAACUAUGGUCUGCUUAGUUUCCAAACCUACAAUGGUUGGGGAACCGAUGUCUAUUUAAAGAUUGGUGGCUAG